ACCACGUGACCGACUUCGACGAACAUAUGAUUCUGGCAGAUGUGACAGAUCUUUUAACCUCAAACGUCACUUUGAACGCUCGAUAAUUCUCUCUUCGCAGGACAAAAACAGAGCGUUACUUUUGCGAUUGUUGAGUUUCACCCAAGAUGGACGUCGUUUUGUUGCUAAUCAUCGCCGGAGUGAUUACAAUAGUACUCUUAAUUAUCAUUUAUCUACAACAUAGAUUCGGUGGCCAGAAGACCGUUCAGGUGAACGAUCAAAAUGAUGCGGCACAACAAAGGGUGCAAGUUCGAAGAGCAGCUGGUGUCAGAAACGUUAGGCAUCGUAUGCAGCAGAGAACUGCCAAUUAUGAACCUCCUGACGAUGAAGAUCGGGAAGUUGACGAUAACAACGACGAUACGAACAACAGGGUGGAAUUGCCGGAUCACAAGAUAGGAACGAAGAAACGGGCGAAGCUGGCGGCCAAGGCUGAGAAGAAGAUACAGAGGGAAGCGGCCGAACGUGAGAGAGAGGAGCGUAAGAAACGGGAGCAGCUGUUGCAAGAAGAGAGGGACAAACAGGCUGAGAAGGAACACGCGGAGGAGCUGCGAGCCGAAGAGGCGGAAAGAAAAGCCAGGGAGGAAAAGGAGAGGAGAGAGCACGAGGAAUAUUUGAAGAUGAAAGAGAGUUUUAGCGUGGAAGAGGAAGGUUUCGAUCAAGAAAGCAACGAGGAAGAGGAGAACUUGCUCCAAAAGUUUAUCGCGUACAUAAAACAGAACAAAGUAUUGAUAUUGGAAGACCUGGCCGCACACUUCGGUCUGAAGACAGCCAAUGUGGUGGAUAGAAUUAAAGAGUUGCAAGCGAACGGUAAUUUAACCGGCGUGAUUGACGACAGAGGAAAGUUUAUUUACAUUUCCGAGAAUGAGCUUCAUGAUGUAGCUAAGUUUGUGCGACAACGCGGCAGAGUUAGCAUUUCCGAAUUAGUUGAGAAUUCAAAUAACUUAAUUAAUUUAACACCCGCUACAAGCUGUACCGUAACUAGCUAAAAUAUAAGUGUUGAGAAGUUUGUAUUUCUUUUUGUAUAUCGGUUAUUAAAACACACACAAAAAAAAAAGAACAUUCUACGUCAAUAUUAUACUUUCCAUUCUAUUUAUAAACGCACGCAUAUAAAUUAUCGCUCUCUCUCUCUUUUUCUUCUUCGUAUCUUCCGAACGAAGAGAAAAAAAAAUGUUGCGAUGCGCGAUUUACAUCCUGACGACACGCGGGAUCGAUGUUGCGUCAGAAUCUAGUUUACCUUUAAGCUGCGAACUACUCACAACGAGAUAUUCUAUUAAUUUUUCCACGAGAAUGUAACGUCCGUAAUCCAUUCCGCGAUGGACGCGAUCUUACUUUGUUGCGAAAAUGAAAAAACUUGUCGCGCGACGUACUGCGCGUCGUAUUCGACAAAAAACCAGUUCACGUGACAAUCUGUUUUUUUUUGUUCAAACAAAUGCUUUUGUUUUCUCUCGAAAACAUGAUUUCAACAAAAGGAGAACUUAAAAACACAUUUUGUAUAAAAGUAAAUAAACAGAAAUGUUGCGAAGGUGUGAACAGGGCGUUAUUGAAUCAGAGGUUGCGGGAUAUUUUGCGAUGAAAAAUUUUUUCGUGUGUUCGUCCCAGACGUUUCGAUUUUAUUUUAAAUCUUCAUCAGUGGGUAUUUGUUUGAACUGUCACAUCCCACACGGAAUCGACGACAAUUUUAGAAGUUGUUGC